AUGCGACAUAUCCUCCUUCCCCCUCAAUUGCGCUCGGCGCUUUCCAAGUCCGCCCAGAAAGAUUUGCGCAGUCAAAUAUGGAUCCGAUUCAAGUCGCAAAUUCCCCGCCCGUCCAAGCGUCAUGAGCCAACAGCUUCCGAACCCACACCUAAAGAAUUAAGCCAAACGCCUGCGCGCUCCCCGACUUCAACAAAUACAGCGAAAAUAAACCUGAGGAAGGGGCCGCCGGAGCGUAUACUGGUGUAUUAUGGAGGAACCGGCCGCGCCAUGUUUCUGGGCAUGUUGAGAGUAACGACCAUUAUUCUAUUUGGCGCAGCAUGCUUGAUUGUGGCCCCAUCAUGCUACACAGCUGAUAAUGCGUGGUAUAUUACACCACUGGUGGUUGUUGGUGGUGCUAUGCCCAUGCUUUUUGUUGCCUAUACAUCAGCACCCUACGUCAACUUUGUCCACUUGGCCCUUCCUAGCUUUGCCCGUCGAUCCCGCGAAGCUGCAGUUCAUUACGCCAAGAAUCUGCCACCAACAGCCACCCUCUACCUUAAUACAAUGCGUUUCAAUACCAUCCCUCGAACCAUUCCUGUGCGUCUGGGUGACCUUAUGCCUGAUAAGCAUGUGAUUCGCCCAGUCAAGUUUCAAAACACAAAUCCUGCCCAACGGCCAUGGUGGAUGGGGAAACACCCUACCCAGUUUUUCACUGGUGACCACAGUCAACCAGGACGACAGUCAACGGCGUUUUACCCCGAGGCUUGGCCUGACAUCUAUCGCCGUAUCCAAAGUAAUUCUUUAGGAAAGCGCUAG